AUGACUUCAAGUUCACUAAACAAGAACAAGGAGCAUGACCGCUCGAAGAGUGUUAGCAGCAUAGAUGAUCUCGCUGCAAAGGUGGACCAACUGCUUAAGGGAAACCAAAGCCAAGUGUUCAUAAUGGAAGAAACAGCUCCUGAGAAGAGUGCCGGUGACCUGGCGUUUGAUGCUGAAAUAUCAGGAGACGAACAGCAAGAGGUUUUCUGGCCUAAACAAGACAAACUAGCUGAUCCUGCACAGAGUAACCAAGGUCAGUAUGCUAGGUAUCAAAAGAACUACCAACCCCAGAACUAUGUUCUAAGCCAACCGCAGAACAAUCCACCUCAGAUGCAGAAACACCAGAACACUCAGCCAGCUACCUCCGCUCCUGUCGUUGUUCCGCAAGAUGAGACAAAAGCUAUGUUGCAGCAACUGCUCCAAGGACAACAUCUCCAAGGGAAGGCUCUAAACCAGGUUACUACUGAGAUCAAUACCAGAAUGAACCAUAUGUUCAGCGAUUUGAGCACCAAAUACGAAAAUGUCGCGAGUCAUAUGAGGCAGAUGGACAUUCAGAUUGCUCAGACUGCUGAGAGCGUCAAAAGACAACAAGGUACUCUACCUGGGAAAACCGACAAAAACCCUAAGGUGUGCAAUGCGGUUGAGUUGAGAAGUGGAAAGCAACUAUCUGAGCCGGUAAAGAAGAGGUUCACUGCGGCUGAGAAGGGGAAGCAGAAAGAGUCGGAACAACCAACAGCCGAUGCCCCGGCAGCUGAGAAGGAGAGGGAACCAACAGUUGGAACCAAUUCGCCAGGACUAGAACAACCAGCUGAGACUGUCCGCCCGAUUCCAGGGCCUGUUCCUGCUCGCGAAUACACUCUUAAAGUCCCUUAUCCUGUUCCAGCAAAGGCUACUCGUAAGGACCGAGAAGAGAUGAAGUGCAGAAAGAUGCUGGAGGACCUAACCGUCCGACUCCCUUUGAUUGAUGCGAUCCAGAUGAUGCCCUCUAUGAGCAGCUUUAUGAAGGGAUUGAUCUCAGGAAAAAUAUCAGAGGAGAGCGAAUUCAUGACUGUCUCUAAGGAGUGCAGCGCAGUGCUUCAGAACAGGCAGAUAAAGAAGCGAGGAGACCCUGGCAAGUUCGUCCUCUCUAUCCAGAUUGGGAAGACAAUUUUCUCAUGCUCCUUGGUUGAUCUGGGAUCCAGCGUAAAUCUCAUGCCCUACUCUGUAGCACGACAUCAUAAGUCCCCGGUUGGUAUUCUAGAGGAUCUCCAAGUAAAAGUCGGGAACAUCUCUGUUCCAGCAGACUUCGAAGUUCUAGAGCUAGAAGAGGAAUCCAAAGACCCUCUCACCUUAGGAAGAUCGUUCCUAUGUACUGUUGGAGCCAUCAUUGAUGUGCGGCAAGGGAAGAUUGAUCUCCAUCUGGGGGACAUAGUCAUGCAGUUUGAGAUGGAUGAGCUGCUGAAGAAGCCGAUGCUGGAUGGACAGACCUUCGAGGUGGAUGAAGGGAUUGAUCCACUGCAACCUCCCGAAGGGAUGAUCGAGGAGAUUCUUACAGAAGAUCCACUCGAGCUUGCACUAGUAAGAGCUGAGGCUAAGCUGAGUGUCGAGAACAUUGACGCAGAUGGGUAUGCUAAGAUGCUUGACUCCGUAAGGAGUAUGGGAAGAAUGGUGGCGAGUCUAAGUCUUAGAGAAGAGAGCUACAAGGACGAGAACACUCCAACUAGAGCGACCCCUUUACCGAACUCGCCUGUUCCGCCGAACCAACCUGAUGAUCCCUGGAUCGAGUUGAAGGCUCCCAAGGUUGAGCUAAAAUCCCUUCCUAAGGGGCUCAGGUACGCUUUCUUAGGUCUGAAUUCCACUUACCCUGUCAUUGUGAACGAUGAACUCAAUAAUAUGGAAACUGCAUUGCCUUUGUGUGAGCUUAGGAAGUAUCGUAAGGCAUUAGGAUAUUCACUAGCUGACAUACCUGGUUUCUUUCAGAUCCCUAUCCAUCCAGACGAUCAGGAGAAGACGACGUUCACAUGCCCAUAUGGGACGUACGCAUACAGGAGAAUGCCAUUCGGCCUGUGCAAUGCGCCAGCAACAUUUCAGCGCUGCAUGAUGUCGAUCUUUACUGACCUGAUUGAAGACAUUAUGGAGGUUUUCAUUGACGAUUUCAGUGUCUAUGGAAGCUCCUUUAGUGUCUAUUUGUCAAACUUGUGCAGGGUACUCAAAACGUGUGAGGAGAAACAUCUGGUGCUAAAUUGGGAGAAGUGCCACUUCAUGGUCAGAGAUGGGAUUGUUCUAGGGCAUAAGAUCUCCGAGAAAGGCAUUGAGGUGGAUAAGGAAAAGAUCGAGGUGAUGAUGAGCUUGCAACCACCACCAACUGUGAAAGCUAUCAGAAGCUUCUUGGGUCGCGCAGGGUUUUACAGGAGGUUCAUCCAGGAUUUCUCAAAAAUAGCGAGACCACUCACCAGACUGCUCUGCAAGGAGAUCAAGUUUGAUUUCGACAUCGAGUGCUUAGCUGCAUUCCAUACGAUCAAAGGAGCUCUAGUCAGCGCACCUGUUGUACAACCGCCAGACUGGGAUCUCCCCUUUGAGGUCAUGACUGAUGCUAGCGAUUUUGCAGUAGGAGCAGUCCUUGGGCAGCGCAAGGAUAAGAAACUUCAUGUGAUCUAUUACGCAAGGAAAACCAUGGAUGAAACUCAAUGCAGAUACGCUACGACUGAGAAAGAACUCCUGGCUAUUGUUUUUGCAUUCGAGAAGUUCAUAUCCUACCUGGUGGGAUCGAAGGUGAUUGUGCACACAGACCAUGCUACUCUUAAGUACUUGCUCACAAAGAAAGAUGCAAAACCGAGAAUGAAGAUUGAGGAUGACUCAUCUCUUGAUGAAGAACACACAGUGGAACACGUCAACGCGAUUGGUCUGCGCUUCGCGGAACAACCCCUGAGCAUAACAUCUGAUUGUUCUCGCGUACCGGAACAACCAGUAGCCGUGAUCCAAAAGCAGUACUCUCACCUCCCCUGGUUUGCUGUGAUUGCGAACUUCCUAGCUGCUGAAAAGGAACCACUUAAGUUCACUGGAAACGAGAAGAGAAAAUUCUUAAGAGAAGCGAGGCAGUAUGUUUGGGAUGAACCAUACUUGUACAAACAUUGCAAGGAUGGCAUAUUCAGAAGGUGUGUUCCAGAGGCAGAUAUUCCAGGGAUUCUACAUCAUUACGCAAGGCACUUCGCCACAUUCAAAACGGUUUCCAGAAUCCUCCAGGCAGGUUUCUGGUGGCCAACUAUGUUCAGGGAUGCUCACGCCUACAUAGCUCGAUGUGAUGCAUACCAGUGA